CCUUUUCUUCUUCGAGGAGUGGUGGUGAGCUGCACCACCCAAUCCAACGGACAAAACCUCCCCGCCUUUCGGAUUUUGGUCAAAUCCCCAAUAAAAAAAUUGAAAAAAAAAAAAAGAGUGAAAAACUGAAAAAUCAGAGAUUGGAAGAAGGAGCGUACAGAUGGAUCCAGUCCGUGUGUGACGAGACGAGGAGGAGCCUUUUUCGAUAUCCGAAACUCCAUUCCCACUUUCCUUUCAAUCGCUUCUCGCUAUUCCGAUUUUGCUCGUGGCACCUCUUCUCACACUUACUAGGAAUGGAGGUUGUGAAAACUGCAGAAGUAACGCCUCCUCCAGAAUCUUCUUCGUCCUCCAACCGUAAUCAACAAUCCGCCGGGGAUGCUCCUGCAAAUUCAGAAAAGCAUGACAGAGUUGAAAGUAACAGUCCUUUGCCAACGAUGGACAACCCUAGAUUAGAAACUACACUAAGUUCUUCUGAUGGGAGACCCUCUCUGGAACAAAAUCAACCACUUCCAACAGAUAAUCCGGCUUCUAGCUCAUCAGCGAUGGAAAAUGGUAAAUUGCCAGCUGCAGAACAUGCUUCAAAUAGCACAUCUCCAGAACAAAGUCAACUUCUUCCAACAGAUACCCCACCCUCAAUCGCUACAGUCACAGAGAAAGAUACGGAGGAUAGUUCGGUGGAAGGUCUGGGUCCCAAAAGUGUCGAUAAUGUUUCAAAUAGUGCAUCUCAGGAACAAAAUCAACUUCAUCCAACAGAUACUCCAGCGUCAGCCUCAGUAAGUACGGUCAAUAAAACAGAGACAGAUGUUCAGGGUACCACGGCAGUAGAUUCUGGUCCUAAAAAUGCUGACAAGGUAGUGCAACCCACAACACGUUCUCUACCCAAUAUAAAAGUUUCCCGAAUUGCUGUUAAACAAGCUGAAGCCAUUUAUUCUCCUAAGAGUGCUAAGCUGGCAUAUGUGAACAAUGUAGUCUCAUCACCCAAUGCAAAGUUUGCUAGCUUCUCUGCAAGAAAAUCAGUCGUCACUGAUUCCCCUAAGAGUGCUAAGAACAGAGGCCUUAUUGAUACAACUGCACCUUUUGAAUCAGUUAAAGAAGCUGUUUCCAAAUUUGGAGGAAUUGUUGAUUGGAAAGCCCAUAGAAUCCAAACCGUGGAGAGACGCAAGAUUGUGGAGCAAGAACUUGAGAAAGCACAGGAGGAGAUUCCUGAGUAUAGGAAACAAUCAGAGGGUGCCGAAAAUGCAAAGGUUCAAGUAUUGAAGGAGCUGGAUAGCACUAAGAGACUCGUAGAAGAAUUGAAGCUCAACCUGGAGAGAGCACAAACAGAAGAACAACAGGCAAAACAAGACUCCGAACUUGCCAAACUAAGGGUGGAAGAGAUGGAGCAAGGUAUAGCUGACGAGGCUAGUGUUGCAGCCAAGGCACAGCUUGAGGUUGCUAAGGCGAGGCAUACAGCUGCGGUGACAGAGCUGAAAUCCGUUAAAGAGGAGCUGGAAGCGCUGUACAAGGAAUAUGCUUCUUUAGUCACUGAGAAAGAUACAGCCAUUAAAAAAGCUGAAGAGGCCAUUUCUGCAUCCAAGGAAGUGGAGAAAACAGUGGAAGAACUGACGAUUGAGCUAAUUGCCACAAAGGAGUCAUUAGAGGCUGCGCAUGCCGCUCAUUUGGAAGCUGAGGAACAAAGGAUUGGAGCAGUCAUGGCCAAGGAACAAGAUUCGCUUCAUUGGGAGAAGGAGUUAAAGCAGGCAGAAGAGGAGCUUCAGAAACUUAACCACCAAAUUAUGUCGGCUGAGGAUCUCAAGUCAAAACUCAACACAGCCUCAGCCUUACUACUUGAUUUGAAAUCUGAAUUAGCUGCAUAUAUGGAAUCAAGAUUAAAGGUGGAAAAUGGAGGAGUCUUGAAAGAUGGGCUACAGGAACCAGAGAAGAAAACUCAUACCGAUAUACAAGCAGCAGUUGCUUCUGCAAAGAAGGAGCUGGAGGAAGUGAAGCUCAACAUAGAGAAAGCAGUUGCUGAAGUAAAUAUCUUGAAGGUGGCUGCCACAUCAUUAAAAUCGGAACUUGAAAGUGAGAAGUCAGCUCUUGCCACCAUUAGGCAGAGAGAAGGAAUGGCAUCAGUGGCUGUUGCGUCUCUUGAAGCUGACCUGGAGAAGACUAGGUCGGAAAUAGCUCUAGUUCAGAUGAAGGAGAAAGAAGCCAGAGAGAAGAUGAUUGAGCUGCCCAAAGAAUUACAGCAAGCAGCACAAGAGGCUGACCAGGCAAAGGUACUUUCUGAAAUGGCUGGUGAAGAGCUGCGCAAGGCAAGGGAAGGAGCAGAGCAAGCAAAGGCUGGAGCAAGUACUGUGGAAAGUAGAUUACUCGCGGCGCAAAAGGAAAUAGAGGCUGCUAGGGCCUCCGAGAAGUUGGCGUUAGCAGCAAUUAAAGCUUUGCAAGAGAGUGAACAAGCCAGAAGCACCAAUGAUACUGAUUCACCCGCUGGGGUAACUCUUUCUGUAGCAGAGUAUUAUGAGCUCAGCAAACGGGCCCAUGAUGCAGAAGAACAGGCGAACGCGAGAGUUGUAGCUGCAAGUUCCCAAAUCGAGGUGGCCAAGGAGUCUGAGCUCAAAAGCUUGGAAAAGUUGGAAGAAGUUAAUCGGGAAAUGGCUGCGAGAAAAGAAGCACUCAAGAUUGCAAUGGAGAAGGCUGAGAAGGCCAAGGCAGGCAAGUUGGGGGUUGAGCAGGAGUUGAGAAAGUGGAGGGCCGAACAUGAGCAACGGCGAAAGCUUGGUGAACCUGCUCAGGCAGCAACAACUGCCACUAAAAGCCCGAGGGCCAGUUUUGAGGCAAGGAAAGAAUCCAAGGACUUUGACCGCGCACCUGAUUCUGCCGCAUCUGAGCAAUAUUCAUCAAGCCCCAAGUAUGGACUUGGAAGCCCCAUGGAAGCUGGUCCAUCACCCCCAGAAGUAAAGCAGGGAAAGAAGAAAAAGAAGUCGUUCUUCCCACGGAUAUUUAUGUUCUUGGCCAGAAGAAGGGCGCAUCAAAACAAGUUAAAUAACUCUUGAUUGAAACCAGUACACGUCUUUGUUGUUGUGAUUUUUUUACCUCUUUUUUUUACAGGGUGGUUUCUCUCAGAGUGACCGUAAAUGGCGGAUUGAUCUGACAGAUGUUUACUCGAGUGUACAUGACGAUACUGGUAAAUUGUUUGUUGUAUGAUAAGUUACUUGGAUGAUAGUUUUGCUCACUGUAAGGAUGGUUUUGGAGCGGAGGUUAAUAUUGUUGGUGCCUGAAUAUUGAGAAGGGAGAAUAACAGAACUUCUGUAUAAUCUGUAGGCCUCGAAAACUCUGUAAAAGUUGGUUCGUGUUUGCUGUAAUGAAAAAUUUGGGUUUGCCAUUUCCGUGA